AUGGUGUCGCCAUAGUAGACCCGUAAUUCUGCGUCCGGUUCACGCAAACCGUUGAGUAAAACGAAUUUGAAUGACAAACGGCUGUUUAUGCCAACGCUUCUGGGUGAUUAAAUGAAUUAGAAAUACUAUUACACUGUUUCUAAUCACCAAGGUCGCGCGUGACGCGUCGAUGGGCGUGAACCAAACGUCACUCCUCCAACCGUCGACGCUCGCUCGGCGUCAGUACCGAGAAGCUGAACGUUACCGACCGAAUCCGCCGCGAAGAACCGCCUUCAGCAGCGGAGAUCCAGAUGUGUGACUGUUAAUGCAGGCAAGCGUUCCGCGCCGAUCUCAGGGAAUCACGCGCCAUGGCUCGGGUCGGUAACGGAGCGGACGGCGCGGAACCGGAGGAGGACUGUUUUGAAGAUGCUUUCGAUCGCAUCCCAGUGGCCUCUAAGAUGGACCUGCGUACGUCUAUAGAGGAGUGCAGCAUGGCCCUCAACCUCGUCCUCAACAACAAGUUCUCUGAAGCGCUGGAUCUGCUCAGACCCUGGUCUAAGGACAGCAUGUAUCACGCUCUGGGCUACAGCAGUAUUCUGGCCAUGCAGGCCACCAUGACCUUCGAGCACAAAGACAUCCAGGCCGGGAUGGCCACCAUCAAAGAGGCAUUACAGACCUGCCAGAGGUUCAGGAAGAGAAACUCGGUGGUGGAGUCCAUCUCCAGCCUGAUGUCCAAGCAUACGCCGGACAGCCUGAAAGCAGAGGAGAUGCAUGCGGAGAUCUGCUACGCUGAGUGUUUGCUGCAGAAAGCCACACUAACAUUUGUACAGGAUGAAAACAUGAUCAGUUUUAUUAAAGGAGGAAUCAAAAUACGCACAAGUUAUCAAAUCUACAAGGACUGCCAGAGUUUGUCAAACAUGUCUCAGGGAGUGGGCGGAGACAGCGAGGCCUUCAGACAGUUUGAGGGCGGAGUCAAGCUGGGGAUUGGCUCCUUCAACCUGAUGCUGUCUUUACUACCUGCACGAGUCCUUCGACUGCUGGAGUUUAUCGGCUUCUCAGGGAACAGAGAGUUUGGUUUGUCGCAGCUGCGGGACGGUGCUGGCAGUCACAGUCUCAGAUCCAUCCUGUGUGUCCUGACGCUGCUCUUCUACCAAACUUACGUCUCUCUGAUUCUGGGCACUGGUGAAGGGAAUCUGGUGGAGGCCGAGGCUUUAUUAGAGCCGUACAUAGAGCGGUUUCCACGGGGUUCAAUCAUCCUGUUUUACUCGGCUCGGAUCGCCUUACUCAGGGGAAACUUUGAGAAGGCGCUGGUGAAGUUUCAGGAGUGUAUCUCGGCGCAGCAGCAGUGGCGUCAGAUCCAUCAUCUGUGUUAUUGGGAGCUGAUGUGGUGUCACUCGUUCCAGCAGCAGUGGAGAGAUGCGUAUCGAUACGCAGACCUGCUGUGCCGAGAGAGCCGCUGGUCUAAAGCCAUCUACGUGUAUCAGAAAGCUGCGAUCCUGAGCAUGAUGUCUGAGGAAGAGCUGAAGACGACUGGAGAGGAUGUGGUGGCGCUGUUCAGGCAGGUGGAGGGACUGAAGCAGCGGCUGGCCGGAAAAUCCAUCCCUACAGAGAAGUUUGCCAUCAGGAAAUCACGCAGAUACUCCUCAGCCACGCCAGUUAAACUGAUGAUUCCCGCGCUGGAAAUGAUGUACGUGUGGAAUGGCUUCACCAUCGUUGGGAAGCGUGCGGACGCCACUGAGAGUUUACUGAUCACCAUCGAGAGAGCAGAGGAGCAGCUGCGCAACGAUCCCAACCCGUCUGAGUUUCACCCUGAUGAUCAGUGUCUGGCUCAGAUGUUGAAGGGUUUGUGUUUGAAGCAUCUGGGCCGACUGCUGCAGGCCGAGCUCUGCUUCACACAGGUGUUGAGCAGCGAGAAGCGCAUCCGUUACGAUCACUAUCUGAUCCCCUUCACUCUCUAUGAGCUGGGUUUACUCUACAAGCAGCAGGGAGACUACGCCAAAGCAACGCGCUUCAUCGAGGACGCCAAGUUGAAUUAUAAGGAUUAUUCGAUGGAGUCUCGUCUUCAUUUCCGCAUCCACGCGGCUCUCAGCAGUCUGAAGGGUUCUCCGACAAACUCGCCGUGAUGAAGGACAACGUUCGACCGGACGAUCAGCGCUGACAAUGAAGAACGCAACAAGCACAUCACGACCGUCAUCGCAGCACAAAGCAGCGGCGUAGCGAUCGUAGAACAACAUUCACGACCAUUUCAAACCAAAGUCAUCAGUAACGUUAAACUAGCAUCUGUGUACCUCAAACCUGAACAUCUGAGCACUUAUUUGUUGUCGUUCGUUUAAAUACAGAGUUGUACGUUUGUUCAGCCAAUCAGACGGCUGAAGAAACUCGCUGACGUCCAAUCAGAAAUCAGCUGCUGUAAUGAAUGUAACGUUUUACUUUGAAGACCAAAUCUGUUUGUCCGCUUGUUUCUUACAUUGUGUGCCUCUGUGUGUGUGUGUGUGUGUGUGUGUGUGUGUGUGUGUGUGUGUGUGUGUGUCUGCACGGCCUGUAGAGUGUCAUUUGUACGUCUGUCAUUCGCUGCAAUAAGACUCUUAGAGAUUAUUAUUAUGCUGAUUACAAUUUUAGACGCUCCAAGCAAUUCACUAAAAUUCAUUUGAAAGCAAUAAUAAUCAGCCAACAAUCAUGCUGAGAAAAAACUGUAUAAUUUUUUUUCUAGAAAGGGUUUGUUGUUGUUCACUUUAAACUGUAAUCAUAAAACAGUUUUAUUUUUUAAUGUUUUAAAUGUAGCGGGUGGGACUUUUCUUUUUUUUUUUUGUGCAUGUAUGUUCUCAUUUUAAUGUUUAAUACCAAAUAUGUUGUACAAUAAUCAAAUACAGUUGAUCCUAUUUUACAAACGUAAUUUGUUUUCUGUUUUUUUCUGUUAUUCUGAAGUACACAGCAAAAAAUUACAUUCUUCCUCAGUAUUCUUGUAAUUUUCCAGUACAAAUCUAAAAAUUAUUUAUAUAUAUAUAUAUAUACAAGAUUUUGUUUUGUUUCAUGAAAAAAAUAUCAAAAUUGAGUGAUUUUUACAAUUAAAAAAAAAAGAACAAAUAUUUGCCAAUGGACAAUGCUUAAAAAUAAAUUUGUUUUCCCUUUAAAUCUUUAUUUUUCAGAUAAUAUUUUUUGGUUUUAAUUGUAAAUGAUUUAAAAAAUGUUAUUAAAUUGAAUAUAUAAUAUAAUACCUUAAGUAAUCUUGCGUGUUAAGUAAAUGUGUCUUUAUUUAACACUGUUUAGAUAUGUUGUACUGGAAAACAAGACAAAAAUAACAAUAUGCAUUAUGAAAUUUUUGCCGAUUUUUGAUUUCGUACAAUCAAAAACAUUCACAUUUCUGUGGCUGUUUCUUGAAGCUUGUUGCCUGAUUGUUUCAAAUGAUUUGUGCUUGUGAAUAUGAAUCUCAUUAAACAAGCGCUUGUCAAUGUAUUUACGCUGGAAAAAACCCAUCUAAACAUUUGCUAGACUUGUUUUCAGAGAAUAGCUUCACAUUAUAAUAUAUGAACACUAGGUGCCUUCAUCUAUAAUGUACAAACGUACAGUAAGUUAAUGGCAACAUCUCUGUUCCUUCUGAAUUCAGAUCUACUUGACUCUAUUCAGGUCAUCUGUGUAAUGUAUACUGACCUGUUUGUGAACCACUAUAAAUAAUUAGAGCUCAUAACUAUAUAUUAACUGUUUCACAGCUGCGUAUUAAUAUGCUACACGAUUAGUGAUUUUAAUCAGCCGCGGGUCUGAAUGAGCUCUCUGGGGUUUGCACAGAUGAGUUCAGAAGUGCUGCGAUGCUGUUAUUUGUUGCUCUUAGCGUUUUCUUUGCUCUUUCAGUUGUAUUUGGUCUGAUCAGUGUUUUUUUUUUCUUUCCAUUUCCAUGCUUAUUUUUAUUCCUGCUGUUUAUGGUGCCUGCAGUUUUUAAUAUUUAAUGUUUUUUGGCUCCAGGGUGUUUAGGUUUCUUUUUUUCCUGGUCAUUCACACCAAUAAAAUAGUCAAGAACUUAACACUCAUUGCAUACAAGUUUUUCAUGACUGUUAUAUUUCAUGUCUGAAACACUCCCGCUGACUUCAUAUCAGUUAUGUACAACAAUUUUUUU